AUGGAGACUAGGCAUCACAGGUACACUCCUCCACACGGCCAGUCCACGAACUUGAGAGUGUCCAAUGCCAUCCAGACUGUUGAUGUGCUCAAAAUGCUACUAGCCAAAUUCAAGGUUGAGAAUGAUGUGUCCCAGUUCUCUCUCUGUGUGUUCUAUGACAAUGGCCGCAAAGAGUUGUGUAAGGACGAUGACUACCCACUCAAGCUACGACUCAAGUUAGGACCCUCUGAAGAUAUCGCUAAACUGUUUGUCAUUGAAACCUCAGAGGUGGAGGAGAUUCUGUCAGCAGAGGCUUCACAGUGGAUCAAGUUCACUGUGCACGAACUGGAGACAUUCUGCACCAAAUUCACCAAGGAGGAAGAAAAGGAGGAAAAGAGGAUUAGAUCAAGGUUUGGUCGCUGGAGAGGAGAGGUUAAAGAUGCACUGAAUAGUUCACAAACAGACACUUAG